UUACCUGGUUACCUGUACCAUUUUGAGUCUUCGAUCACAGAGACCAGCAUCUAAAAGAAUCUGAGCUCACAUUUAGGGGACUUCAUUUCCUCAUCCACAUCAGGAGACAAUAAAAAUGAAGUUCUGUCUGGAAUUCUUGGUUAUUCUGUGCAGCUUAACUACAGUUGUUACGAGCUGUCCAACAUGUGUUUCGGAUGAGAUCUGCAACAGUAUAACCAAUAAUUGUGACUGUAAUCCUUCAACAUACUCUGAAACAGUGCAAAUCCCACCACCAGAAUUAACAUGCAACAAUAACAUGGUUUUGCGGAUACCAAGAUGUCAGAUGGAGCGCAAUGGAUAUGACUCUUCGAGUUUACACCUGAACACGCCAUCCUGCAGACUUUCUUCAUACUAUGCUAAUGUCUCAUACUUGGGUAUUUUGUGGCACAUAGCGACAGGAGAGUGUGGUAACACUAAAGUGGAGAAUUCAACUCAUAUAACUUACUACAAUAAUCUGUACAUAAGCCCAAAAACAUCUCCAUUCAUCACAAAAAAUAACGUCACUUUCACCUUUAGCUGCAGUAUUCCACUAAACUCAGGGACUGGACUUAAUUUUCCCGUCAAAGCAAUCACAGGGAAUGAUGUAAUUUCUGUCUCUGGUGUACCCGGGUCAAUCUCUACAACCAUGGCCAUUUACACAGACCAGUCAUUCAGCAAUAUUGUCACCACCAGCACCACAUUGGUGGUAGAGCAAAAUAUUUAUGUCUCAGUGCUGAUGCAAACAUUGGACAACUACAACAUAAAAGUGGUGAAUUUGUAUACUUCUGCAUCAUCAAAUCGCUCCGCUGACCCAAAAUAUUAUCUGCUUCAGAACGGGUGUCCAAACCUUAGCCUGGGAGCCUACCUAUUUACAACGAUAUGGAAUGGACAGUUUACUGAAGCACGAUUUCAGUUUAAAGCAUUCAAGCUUGCUAGCUCAGAUGUUUUUUACCUAUAUGCAGAUUAUACCAUUUGUAAUUCUUCCUGUAUACAGAACUGCAAUAGCCGCUCAGCAGACAUCAAUGCUCAGACCUACAGUUCUACAGUCGGCGUGCGUCUUCAAUUUACUUCAAAUUCAGCUUCCAGCAGCUUUGGCUGUUUCUCCAUGAAGUGGGCUUUGAGUUCACUUCUUUUGCCCCUAAUACUUAUGAUGAUCAUGUGAAGUUUCCCAUCUCAUGGAGUUCCAGACUAUUAUGACAUUGUGAAGUUUGGUGUUGGUGAAUCUUAUGAAGGAGAUUAUUUCACUUCAGAGUCAGUUUGCUUGAUAUUAUGUUUGGAAUGCAUACUGCUACUGGUUAAUUAUUACAAUUAAGUUUAAUUAUGUAACUAUGAUAACUAUAAGUACUAUCUACUCUUAUGCAGGGCUAAUAGCACCAUUGACUGUAUAACUAUUAUGGACUGUAUAACUAUUAUGGCCUUCUUUAUCAAUUUUUCGAGUUUGUGAAUUUAAUU